CUGAACUUCAACAGUCCUUUAAAUAAAUAGCUUCAUAAGCUUCUGGUUGGAUCCUCACUGCUGCGGCUAACGCUUCACUGAGGAGGAAGAAGAAAACGACGAACUUCCUGUUGGAUGAAACCAAAAACAGGAAGGAUGGAGCAGAUAAACUGAAGGAUCCAGAGGGUUUAUUUAUCACGAACUGAUAAAAACCUCACUGCAGGUCUUCCAAUGUCCUACUGGGUCUGCUGCAACUCCUGCUUUCUUUGCCCGAGUCCUGAGCGCAAACUGGCGGUGACGUCCUGCGGCCAUGUCAUCUGCAGCGGCUGCUACCAGAAAGGCAGCCAUGGCCGCUGUUUGAUAUGCAGCAGCCAGUGCCAGGUUUCUCCUCUUUCUGACAAAAGCAGCUCAGACGUGAAGGCUUUGUUUUCUGACGUCGGCGUUGUGGCAACCAGACAUCUGACAGAGAUCAGCAAAGUUGUGGCGUUUCAGGCCCGACAUCAGAAGAGGUUGCUCAACUACUACAAGCAAAAGAAUCAUAAACUAGAAGACAUGUUGGUCACUUUAAAGCAAGAAAUGCAGCAGAUGGGAACACCACAGUUUAAAAGCUCCGUCUCCAGUCAGCAGCAGUCCUCACGGCCCGCAUGGAAGCAAAUCAGUGCUUCAGAUUCCAUACGAGUCUCCGUGUUCCUCCCAUGUCACGCUUCAGCAACCAACAUAAUAAAAGUUCCUUUUGCUGAGAGCUUGUGGUUAAAGGAAGCGGUGAUGGCGGCGGUGAUGGCGGCGGCGGCGGCAUGGCGUUCAGCCGCUGAACUAAUGAAGUGUGCCUUCCUGUGUGGCAGCAGCCAAAGCCUGGAGCUGGAUGGAAGGAGUCUGUUCAGGAAACCCAUUUCUGCGCCCAGACUGUCGGUGAUGAAGGCGCUGCCAGAGGGACGAUCAGAACUGGCCACCCACAGGUCCUACAGCCAGAACCCACUGACCUCCCACUCUGCUCACUCAGCCACCGUCAGCCGUUUUUCUCCCUCCACUCCAGAGUCGUACGGUCAGAGUUCAGCCUGGAAGUCGCCCCAACUCAAAGCUUUGUCCUCCUUCAGGCGCUCUGCGUCCUUCCUGGGGUUUCCCCCUCCUUAACGCUGCUGCUUGGAGGACUGAUGAGGCACAUGAAGGUGUUAAAUGUGCAGCUUCAACAGGCAAUGAGAGACAAACUGCUCUUUUCUGUCAAACUGUAAAUGAAAUAAAUUGGUGAACGAG